AAGGAAAGGCUGCCGGUCCCUGGGCCGUGUUAUCCCGGCAUGUGAGCGAUCUGGCGAGCAGAAACCCCCUCCUAUAGUUCUGAAGGAGGAGGAAUCAAGACUCCAAUGAGAAGAAGGGGCAUUGCGACAGGACUCGCAGUAGCUGGCAGCAGGAAGGAGCAGAAGGUCCAUCUGAAGGCAGGAAACUGGACUUGGUUCUGGAAAGAAAUAAACUCAGGGCACGGAAGGAACAGCCAUGGGUUGUUUCCGAACUCCACCGAGCCAUUCCUGGAUUUAUCCCACCGUGAUCCUCUGCUUAUUUGGAUUUUUCUCCAUGAUGAGACCCUCAGAACCCUUCCUUAUCCCUUAUUUAUCUGGACCAGAUAAAAACCUGACCAGCGCAGAGAUCACAAAUGAGAUUUUUCCUGUGUGGACAUACUCUUAUCUGGUGCUGCUGCUCCCCGUGUUUAUCCUCACCGAUUAUGUCCUCUACAAGCCGGUCAUCAUCUUACAAGGGAUUAGCUUCAUCAUUACCUGGCUGCUGCUCUUGUUUGGCCAAGGAGUGAAGACCAUGCAAGUUGUGGAGUUCUUCUAUGGGAUGGUCACCGCCACCGAGGUGGCCUACUAUGCCUACAUUUACAGCGUGGUCAGCCCAGAGCACUAUCAGAAAGUGAGCGGUUACUGCAGGAGCAUCACGCUGGUGGCCUACACGGCGGCCUCAGUGCUGGCCCAGCUCUUGGUAUCUCUGGCCAGUCUAUCCUACUUCUACCUCAACGUCAUAUCCUUGGUGUCUGUCUCCAUAGCCUUCCUUUUCUCACUUUUUCUACCAAUGCCCCAGAAAAGCAUGUUUUUUCACGCAAAACCCAGCAAAGAAGUAGAGAAGCCAUCGUACACGAAUGCGGCAUUGGAUGAACCUCAUGAGGGUGAAGCAGCAGGCUGCGGAGAGGAGAAACCCACUUCAGUAAUACCUACCAUGUCGAGGAACCUGGAUGAUGGCUGGUUGAGCAGCCCGAGGCCCAAAAAUGUAGCUUUGAGAGUUUUUGUGCAGUGGUUCCAAGAUUUGAAAGAGUGCUACUCCUCAAAGCGUCUUUUUUACUGGUCCCUGUGGUGGGCUUUUUCCACAGCAGGUUUUAACCAGAUUUUGAACUAUGUUCAACUCCUUUGGGAUUACAAGGCACCAUCCCAGAGUUCUUCUGUCUAUAAUGGGGCAGUAGAAGCUAUCGCAACCUUUGGAGGGGCUGUGGCUGCCUUUGCAGUGGGUUAUGUGAAAGUCAACUGGGACCUUCUGGGAGAGUUGGCUCUGGCCAUCUUCUCAGUUGUCAAUGCAGGCUCUCUCUUUCUCAUGCAUUACACAGCCAACAUCUGGGCAUGCUAUGCUGGCUAUUUGAUAUUCAAGUCCAGCUAUAUGCUUCUUAUAACCAUAGCAGUAUUUCAGAUCGCGGUUAAUCUGAGCGUGGAACGCUAUGCUCUGGUGUUUGGCAUCAACACCUUCAUCGCCCUGGUGAUUCAGACCAUUAUAACUGUGAUCGUAGUGGAUCAGAGAGGGCUCAACCUGCCAAUCAGCAUUCAGUUUUUAGUUUAUGGGAGUUAUUUUGCAGUCAUUGCUGGAAUUUUCCUAAUGAGAAGCAUAUACAUUAUCUAUGCGGCCGAAUGCCAAAAGAAGAUGCAGAGCUCUGCUACAAGUCAGAAUCCAUAUGUACCACACCCAGAGGAACCAGGGGAUGUCAUCAUGGGAACAAAGCUCUAAUCUUAUGUCAACCGUUACAGCCUCUGAGUGAGGGCUCUGCUGGUCACAAAGCCACUAAGUGCCAUAAAUUGACAUGCCUCACAAGUGUGGUUUCCAAUGAUCCUUUUCAAAACCAAAACAAAAUGUCAGCUUUAUACCAGAUAUCUAUGUGCCCAGCUGAACUGGAUGCAGUCAACAGGGCCCAUCGUCUUGAUGAAACAACCUAUGUUGGGGACCCCAGUGAACAACAAUGACUGGAAAAUUCUGGUUCUGAUCACUUGCAAAGACAUGCAAAUGGCAUGGAAAGAAAACAGGAGAAAGCUCCAGCCAUCCUAGAGUUGAUGUUUCCCGUUUGUGAGCAGAAACACUAACUGGACUGACCCUAUUGCUUGGCUUAGAUAUUUGUUUUAUCUUACCAAAACAGCCAACGCAUGGGGCAUUUUUGUCAUGUGCGCCAUUUUUCUUCUUCUUCCAUUAAGUAUAUUUCUGUAUCACUUAUGGUUCUCUGAGAGAAUUACAAGCUUUGGUCCCAUUUCUAAGGACUCCUCUUCAAUCCUGAUAACGUAGCAUCAACUAUUAUUUGAUAAUAUUGCCAUUUAAUUGUUUCAUGAUUAUUUUUUAUUUUGUGCUCAGCUGAGCUGUGUUGUUGAAACUCUACCUCAGGGAUAGCUUCAGACACUCCUGUGUGUCCACAGAAUGACAUUCAUGUCAAUUCCCAGUGGCCCUACUAGAGUUAAUGAGCUUUCUCUCUACCAUGACCCCAGGGAGGUGUUUUAAUGCUGUGUCAGUGUGGUGUCUGUCUAAAACAGAAAAACUGAAACAGAAAUUUCCAGGGGUUUCUAGAAGUAUUUGUAAAUAAGAAAACACUGAUGGGGGCACCCCUAAUUUUUAAAUGGCAGAGAUUGCUAAAUAAAAUAAUGAGUGUAAAAAUAUUAAAGAGCCUUUCUAAUUUUUUGAUGAAU